AAACGUCAUUCCACAAGAGCAAGGGAUGCCAAUUGCCAGUCUCUCUUUCAGAACACUCUCUUUAUCAAAACACACUCUCUCUUAUCGAUCAAUCGUAAAAACGGGAAAGAGCUGAAAGGGUUUGAGAUCAACAAACCCUAAUUCUCUUCCUUUCUGUCUCUGUGUCCAGGUGUUCCUCUUCAAGAAAAGAAAACUUAGUUUUUGGGAGCUACUAGGUUAGAUAACUGCAAACCCUAGAGUUCAUGUCAUCGGCUCUUAUUAGGAGGUUAGUUUAUCGUAAGAAUUUGAGGACAAUUGGAGGUAAUUGAUCGGAUUAUAUGGAGUAAGAUGCGAGAUUGAAGUGCUGAUAAGAGAUAAGAGAAAUGAUGCACUGAAACUCUGCGCUUAUUCGAGUGGGAGGGACAAUUUUGGUAGCGACGAUUCGGGUUGGUUUUGAUUGUUGAUUCAGCGAAUCAGGGGAUGGAAUAGUUUAAAUUCAACUGCUAUAUUAGCUCUUGAUUUGUGAUAGAUGUAGAUAUUAAUACCAGCGGAUAUCAAUGGAUGAUGCUAAGCGGUAAUAAGCCUGUUAAUUGCACCACAAUAUCUGAUUUUCCAGUGUGAAUUAAUGGGUUUCUUUUUUCUUUGAAGGGAUAGCAUUGAGUAGAUAGAUAUAAUAGCCAUUGAGGUAAGUGGAUUUAAGAGUUUUCUGCGGUUAACUUAGGCCUGUAUUGUUUCCGGCGAUUGGUGUAAUUGGUAGUUGAAGAAAUAUAUUCAUCAGACUCUGCCUUUCGCUAUUGUUUUCUGUAAAAUCUUACAAAAUGAGCUUAGAAAAUGAAGACAAACACACUCUGGAUCAGCCUGCUGAGACAAACAAUGAAUCACAACGGAAGUUAAAAAUUACGUAUUCAAGAGAUUUUCUACUAUCAUUUAGUGAACUGGAUGUUUGCAAAAAGCUACCCGGUGGAUUUGAUCAAUCUCUUUUGAGUGAAUUUGAGGAUGCUCCUGGAGAUAGACAAAAAACUCCCGGUGGGUUGUCGCUGCAUAGUUUCAGGAGAAAUGAGUAUGGUUCUUCACCACCUACAAGAGGGGAAUCUGGUAAUUUUUCUCGGGGAAUCCAUGGAAGGUGGGAUAGUCGUUCUUCAGGACGGGGUGAUAGGGAUAGUGACUUGCAAUCUGAUUGGGAUUCAGAAUCUGGAAGGCAUUAUGGCAAUCAAUCUCGGCGGUCUUUGCAAGUUCCUGAGCAAGAUGGACUUCUUGGAAGUGGUUCAUUUGCAAGGCCAUCUGGAUAUGCAGCAGGAGCAUCUACUCUAAAGUUUCGAGCUAAUGAUCACUACCAGCUGAACAGGAGUAAUGAGUCAUAUCAUCCACCACGCCCUUACAAGGCUGUACCUCACUCUCGGAGGGAAACUAAUGAUUCAUAUAAUGAAGAAACAUUCGGUACUUCUGAAUGUACAAGCGAGGAUAGAGCAGAAGAGGAAAGAAAGAGAAGAGCUUCCUUUGAGAUUAUGAGAAAGGAACAGCAGAAAGCCUUUCAAGAAAAGCAAAAAGUUAAUCCAGAGAAGCGUAAGGAUGAAUUUGAUAUUAUGACUUUGCUGGAGGAUUCCAAAGAUGAUGAGGGAAUUUCAAAUAAAAGCAAUCAAUUUGAUAAACCUGUGAUUACAAAUGCUCCAAAUGCUGAUUCUAACAAACCUGUUCUCCCAUCACAAACUCCUGCAUCCAGACCACUUGUGCCUCCAGGUUUUUCAAAUGCAACUUUGGAAAGGAAUAUGGGAACCAAAACUAUAACUCAUCUCCCUUCAUUAGAGGAUGGAAGUUCUGAACAUGAGGAUGGUAUCUUGCAUGCCAAAGGCAACCUUCUGUCAAGUGGCUUAUUUGAUAAUGAGGACAAGCCAUCUGCAGAACAAUUUAGCCCACGUGAAAGUAUGAGUAUAUAUGUUUCAGCAAAUAGCAAGAGUGGUAAAGUUCAAAAUUUCACUUCAGGUAUAGAUGUGUCCAAUAAGACAACAGGCCCGGAGGGUCAAAUAUACAAGAGUUCUAAUCUUCUGAAAACCUUUGAAGCAUCAGAGGAAAGUGUAGGUGUAGAUGUUGAUGUUGAAAAGGUCACAGACAAUAAAAUUGUCUCUGAAUCAAGUCAAGAUCAGUCAUCUUCAAUUCUUCAUAAGCUUUUUGGUAAUGUUUUGACAGUUAAUAGUGGUGGCUUCAAUACUCUUGUUGAGCAUCAUGAUGGUAAAACAGAUGGCAUUUCGAGUCCUCAGGCUGUCCAAUCUUCCAAGUUUGCUCAUUGGUUUCUUGAUGAAGAAAAGAAACCAGCUGAUGAAGAUUCCUCUGGCAAGCCAAAUGAUUUGCUCUCACUAAUUGUUGGUAGUGAAAAAGGUGGAUCACAACCUUCUGAUGUGAAUGCUGAAAGGCACAUCUCAACCAAUUUCCCCGUCCAAAACCUAGAGCUUGCAGACAGACAUCUGGCAUCAAAUCUAACUUCUGCUACGAUAAAAAACUCUGAGCAAUUGGUUGAUAGUAAUAUCAAUAAAACCAAUAAAACAGCAGCUGUCCUCACAUGUGAAGACCUUGAACAAUCCAUUCUAUCAGAAAUUAGUACUAGUGAUGCAACCUUGCCGCCUUCUAUGCAAGGUGGGGAGAGCAUUGGUGAGGCAGAGACUGAACAGAGAAAGGCAAAUGUUGAUGAUCAUGCAUCUCAGCACCUCCUUGCAUUGUUACAAAAGGGAACGUGCCCGACAGAUGUGACACCAUUCCCUGGUCUAGAUAUCAAGUCUCAAAACAAACAAUUUAAUAGGGAAGUAGCAAAUAUUGACAAUGCACUUCCUGAUUUGAGGGACACCAAUGCUGAACUUGUUUCCAAUUCAAGGAAGAGUCUGACACUUGAAACACUUUUUGGUACAGCUUUUAUGAAGGAAUUACAAUCAGUAGGGGCACCUUCAUCUGCUCAAAAAGGUUCAGUUGUGUCUUCAAGAGUUGAUAUAUCGGAAAUUCAUGAUGGUUUCCUUUAUUCUAAAGUUGAAGUUGGUGGCUUUGAUGAUCACCGAACUGAAAUAGAUUCACCACGACUUCGAAAUGAGUUAGAAUUAAAAGUUGGUGGCUUUGAUGGGCCUGUCGAUAUUCAACUCCCUGAAGAGGAUAGCUUGAUCUCUCUUGGUGAUCGUACAAAACACCUUACGAACUCAUCCAAAACAGAUUUUUUUCCCUCCCUCACUGCACAAGUUGACAUUCCUGAAAAACUAGCAGCUCUAAAUUCUGUCUAUGGGGACGGAGGCCCCAUUACUGUUCAAGAAGGUUCACCUUUCCUUCGUGGUUCUUAUGAUGCAAGGGAGGCUGAUAUUUUGCAUCAUAAUCUGCAAAUCCAACCGUCAUCACCACUGCUUCACCCACAGUUAAAUCAUGUGGGACCAUUAUUCAAUCCACUAGAGCCUCAUCCUGCUAACAUAAAUUCUCAGAUGAAGUUCAGGGGCCCAGAAGACAUCAUCCAUAAUGAUUCUCCACCCGCUCAUCAAUUUCCUGCAAAUAUGCUCCGUCCUCCUUUCCAUCACCCCCGCACUGUACUCCCUGGAUUUGAUCCUUCUGCCCACAAUCAGCAUCAUAUGUUAUCACAGAUACACAUGACAGGAAGGUUUCCUCCACCUCACCUACUGCAAGGAUUUGCCAGCAGUCUUCAUUCAAACAAUCAAAUGCCCGGUUUUGUACCAGAAAUGAACCCAAUUCAAGGCUUCCCUUUUGGUCCUCAACAGCCCAAUUUUGCUGGUCAUGGAAUGCUACCACCAGCUGCUGAUGUUGGGGUUGGAGCCAAUAGUCCAGAGACACUAAAAAGGCUUCUUGAGAUGGAGUUCAGAUCAAACACAAAGCAGAUUCACCCAUUAGCUGCAGCUGGCAAUAAGCAGGGGAUGUAUAACUAUGAGGUAGACAUGGGUUUCAGGUAUAGGUAGUGGAUCUGGAUUAUGUUUUUGUAUAUUGUGCUAUUGUCAUCCACACUUGCUCAGAUCUGCAACUAUUUGCGUGGAGGGUGAGUUUAACAUGCUUUUUUUUUUCUUCCUGAGCUAUUGCCUGCGUAGGUGUAAUUAAUGGAAUUUUCAUGGUUUUAGUAGCUUUUGUUUGGUUUUUUCUA